CAGCGCCGCGUUCCGUGCGGCGAGCAUUCGCCGCACGCAUCGAAUCGGGCGACAGCUGUGCACAGAGCGCGCGCCUCGUGUUCAGUCCGCGGCGGCCGCAGUCUUGCUUCGCUCCCUCUGUUCUGCCUUGCCGCAUCGCAACCCGCCCCCCGCCUUCUGUGUUGCGAGAGCUUGGGAGGGCCCCGCACUAACGAUGGGUGGCGUAGGCGGCCGUACAUGCUACAAAGGGCUGUAGCGGUCGCGCGUCAAUUGCGGUCGUAACAGAUAUCAUCUACCGGCGGGCUGGAUCCAGCUGCAGUCGAUGCCCGGACGGCGUGCCAGCGGUCUUCGAUAGCUCUGCGGCGAGUCCGUCACUACCUUCGCCGGCCACGUUCACAACGGGCUAUCCUGGUGACCAAGAAGGCGGAGCGCUGCUCGGACCACCACUGACAAAGCCGCGCAGAAGCAAUUUCCCCCGGCACUCCAACUGACCCUGCCAGUCUGACCGCAUGUGCUGGGGCAGAAAUCGCCGAUCAGCCGCAGAAUUGCGUGCUGGUGCUGUGAGGUGCGCUGCCGUCACGCGCCGCGUGACGACGCGAAUUGUGGCGGCCGCUGCGCGAGUGGACAAGAGGGAGAUUGCGACACGGUCGACCGAGCGAGGAAGAGGAUAAGAACAGCGGGUACCGAUGCGCCGCACUACCGAGGCUACAACAGCGGACAUCGCCUUCGCGCACCUGUGCCUCGUCACGCGCUGUCGAUAACCGGGCGACAAGGCGAGCGAGGAGCGGCACUUGCGCUCUCUAUUUGUAUGCGCUGCAGCGGCUGACGAGUGACCCGUCGCACUUCAAGAACCGAGCGGCCGCAGAGAAACCAUUCUGAUGGCCUUUGGCGAUGAGGCGUCCUGAGCAGCGUCGGGCCAGGCUCCUCCCACCAGCCGGCGGCGGCCCAUGCCGACCUCCUCGUCGUGUUCGCUGGCCCUGCCGCUGCUGCAGACGGCCGACGAAGAGCACGAUGGCUACUCCGCCGCCGCCGUGGACGGCAAGCCUUACGCCAACGGAACAGCCGGCGAUGACGAAGAUGAAGACGGCUCCCCUUCCUCCUCUGGUCACUCGUGGGAGCUGUACAAAGGCCUGGCCUUCUCCUCGCUGUCCAGCUUCUUCUUCUCCAUCUGCACCGUCAUUGUCAAGAGACUCAAUUACAUCUCGGCGGCCGAGCUGGCCGUGGUGCGCUUCCUGGGCAUCCUGGUGUUCACGGCACCGCUGGUGGUGCUGAGCCGCGAGUCACCGCUCGGGCCCCGGGGCGUGCGCCGGCUGCUGGUGCUGCGCGGACUGCUGGGCGCCACCAGCCUGUUCCUGCGCUUCUACGCCAUCCACUACAUGCCCAUCGCCGACGCGUCCGUUAUCAUAUUCAGCGUGCCCGUGUUCGUGUCGGCGCUGGCCAAGCUCUUCCUCAAGGAACCGUGCGGCUUCUUCCACGUGGCCGCCGUGCUGGUCACCCUGGCGGGCCUCGCGCUCAUCACCAAGGUGCCGCUGCUGUUCGGCGGCGCCGAGCAGGGCCCCGUGCAGGCACGCGGCGUGCUCGCCGCACUCUCGUCGACCGUGUUCGGAGCCAGCGUCUACAUCGUGGUGCGCAAGGUCAAGGGCGUCCACCACUCGGUGAUCAUGUUCAACUUCGGCUGGGUCGCCAUCCUGGAGACGGCCACCAUCUCUCUGCUGACCGUCGGUCAGUUGGAGCUGCCCCGCUGUGGCAUCGACCGCUGGCUCCUCGUGGUGCUCGGGGCGUUCAGCUUCGGCGGCCAGGUGCUGCUCACGCGGGCCCUUCAGCUCGAGCAGGCGGGCCCCGUGUCCGUGGUCCGGUCGGCGGCCGACAUCGUGUUCGUGUUCGUCUGGCAGGUGGCGUUCUUCGGCGAGGUGCCCGACCGUUACACCAUGUCCGGCGCAGUGCUCGUCACCGCCUGUGUGCUCCUCACGGGCCUGCGCAAGUGGGCGCUCACUCUGCCCGAGAGCUCGGCCGUCAGAGCCAGGCUCGCCUGGCUCAUCUCUUGACCGCCGUCCAGCGCGGCUGUCGGCGCCUUGCUUCGCGACACUGACUGAAGAGCACGCACGCUAAAGAACGCCCCGUGGUGGAGCCGCGAGUAUCUUAUUCCAUGUCGCCACCGUGAAAACCGACGGCAUUGUGUGCCAUGAGACAGAUAUGAAGUUAUCAUUUGCAGCGCUUUCAGACCGCUUGCAGUUGGCGGUGGUGCAAUGAUUCACUUAGACCGCACACAGGUUUCAAAAAGAACCCGAAAGCACCAGUGACUCCACAGAAUAUCAGCGUCACCCACGAGCGGCGAAGGCCCAACGCGCGAUCGCUGCCUGUCGAUCUCCCACGAAUGUAGAUUGUGCGUAGUACUUUGCAUGCAUGCACGAGGGCGAACACGAGAUUGUUGUCCUGGUCCUGCAACUGCUCACCAGAGUCAGAUUUGAACACACGCAGGCGCUGCUUAGGAAGUGCAUCGUUUUGUUUGCUGCAUGCUCGCGGUUAUCGAGAGAAGCUGUGCCACGCAGGGUGUUUCCCGCGGGAUGGAGCUGUGCAUGCUUUCACCUCAGUAUGUGCACGCAAGGUGUAGGUGCACUUGCGCAUGACGUGGGUGCUACACAAUUAAAGGCUACGUUUUGUUGUUUCUCAAAGUCCUCUAGAGAAUAGCGACGCUCCUCGGUGCUUUACAAAGAAAUGGGACACUUAAAGCUACUCUGCUGCGGUACAGCUAAUCAACAUGUGCUAGCAACGUUGUUAUUUAGUGCGCCGGAUUCGAGAGGCCGCGAAGGGCAGAGCAGUAAGCACCAUAGGCAAGCACCAAGUAAAUACACAGAAGUGUUUCUUUUUCGGGCCGUAGUUGCCAAGGCAUCUUCAUGUUAAUAUCAGGGCUGAAUGCAUUUUUUUCUAGGACUCUCGUGGUGCAUGAUAAUGGAGUUUCGUGACGCUCCCUGGAUCACACCGCGAACAGCUAAGUACGGAUGUUCGUGUAUUGAAACAACGUUAGGCGCGAGUGCCAUGAAGUGGCUAGGACAGGACUUGACGAACCUCUGUUACGUCUGUCGCCAGUGUGCAAUGUGGGCAUGUGUAUUUGAGCAACUUGUUGCGUGGCGUGCGCAAAAGUUACAUGCGCAACUGGGUUGAAGAAACGGACUCUGCGCUGUUCCUCACUCUCGUGGACGAUUGACCUACGCGCUUUCGCCUCCUGUAGUCAGCGCCCGACAUAUCGUGCUUGUACGUUCCGUACACAUCUAGCUGUGAUAAUAAUUUUAAGAAUAUAUGCUCGUGUCUACGCAUGAGAACAAAAUAAAUAUUGAUGCUUGUUAGAAA